CUGGCAUAGUACCUAACUUGCCUCCACCUGAGGAGCGUGAGCAAAUCAAGGCAGAGUACUUGGAUCGCCAGAGGCAGAAAUACCAGCAGCGGCAGCAGCAGCAACAACAAUAGCAGUAGGAGCAGCAGGGGUUUCUUGUUAGCAGCAAUAUCCAGUGUACAGAGUAGAAGGAAACAAAACAACAAACCCCAGACUUUUUGUCGUAGUGCUGCAAACCUGCCAGUGAGUACAACAAAAUGAGUGUGCAGAAAAUCAUACUUGCAUCAACCUUAAUGGCACUUGUGGCUGUUGUGGUGGUCAAGGUUUAUCCUAAUUACCCAAGUGGCAGGCUGGGGGUUCUCUUCUACCACUGCACCAGUUCUCAUGCGGACAGGAAGGAGUUUAAGGCCACCAAGACUGGAGUGGGAGAGUUGCCACUGAGUCAGGACAGUAGGGUUGACAUCCUCAUACAUGGAUACACAGAGUCAUCCUUCCGCUCAUGGGUCCUGAACCUUACUGACGCUCUUUUGGUAGCAGAGCCUGGCAGCAUUGUGAUCCUGGUGGACUACUGGGACCUGGUCACCAUUUCUCGACCUUACAUGAUGGCCAAUGUGAGGAAGAUCGCAGAUGUCACCGCCCACCUGAUUGACCUGCUUGUCCAGGAGAGAGGGAUACAACUUGAGAGGAUUCACAUGUUGGGAUUCAGCUUAGGAGGUCGGAUUUGUGGCCUUGUUGGUGACAGAGUCAAGUCAGGACUAAUUGGGAGGAUCACAGGAAUUGAUGCCUCCUAUCCAUGGCUGCCCCCAAAGACCAAUAAUGAGUUUCUGGAUGCUGGCGAUGCUGCUCUGGUGGUCAACCUGCGAACUUCCGUCAUUGGGUCACACUCCCCGCCUGGUCACAUUGAUUUCAUCGUCAAUGGAGGACUCGCCCAACCAGGUUGCAGCAAGUGGUACUUUCCUGAUACAGUUAUACAGGUGUGUAACCACUACCGUGCUGUGUGGAUCCUGGUGGAGGCUCUGAGGCGUGGUGGCAGCGUAUUUCCGGCCUGCAGGUGUGACAGCUGGGAGAGCUUUGUAGACCAUUCCUGUGCCUGUGAUGUCAUCAAUCAUUUUGUUCUCAACACAAACACAAGUCUGAGAAAAAAUGCAAGACUCUUUCACCCUUCUCUUCUGUCUUACCUGACAUGGCUUAGGAAAGUUUGGAAACUGCCUAAAAGAAGUUCUCAUGGGAAAUUCUAUUUCUCAACAAAUGCAGAGCCUCCAUAUUCCAGGACACUGGAAGAAAGGAAUUAGUGCCUGUGUUGCCUAGUUUGUACAUAGAAAGUGGUGGGUUUUCUCAGAUAUACUUAGCAAAUACUUUAUGGUAUGGUGAUAUACAUUGAAUGCUUUGAUAAUGUUUACAACACUUGAGGUUCAAUGAUUAGGUGUUCCACUCACAAUCACUGUAAGGUAUCAUUAAAUCAUUUAAUAGCUAUUCAUAUAACAGUUAUGAAUGUACCAUUUUGGGAAUAAAAAUGUAUAUAUACA